UCUGUCAUUGGUGAAUUACAUAGUCUCAGGUUUGGGACGUGAUGUCCCUCUGACGCGCAGAUGCGCCCGCGGUUUAACCCGUUACAGACAAACCCUGGGACAGGCCUUGAGAAAAUAACCCAGUAGCUGUACAUCAGUCUGUAAGCAGGAUCAGUCAUUGGGAAUUUAAGGUCUGCGGUGUUGUUUGGAAGCUGGAAUAACGCGGAGUCGACGCUUAUUGGCCUCUUGAUGCGCAAAGGUCAGCAUCAGCAUCCUCACUAGCUCUCCAUCCCCAAACUCUCUCUCUCUCUCUCUCUCUCUCUCUCUCUCUCUCUCUCUCUCUCUCUCUUUUUCUCUCUCUCCCUCCCUCCCUCUCUCUCUCUCUCUCUCUCUCUCUCUCUCUCUCUCUCUCUCUCUCUCUCUCCGCCAUGGGGAACCGAGGCAUGGAGGACCUGAUCCCACUGGUGAACAGCUUGCAGGACGCCUUCAGCACCAUCGGACAAAGCUGUAAUCUCGACCUGCCGCAGAUCGCCGUGGUGGGAGGUCAAAGCGCCGGAAAGAGCUCCGUGCUGGAGAACUUCGUGGGAAAGGAUUUUCUUCCCCGAGGCUCUGGCAUCGUCACCCGUAGGCCUCUGGUGCUGCAACUCAUCAACUCUAACACAGAGUGGGCCGAGUUUCUUCACUGCAAAGGAAAGAAGUUCACAGAUUUCGAUGAAGUUCGCCAAGAGAUUGAGGCAGAGACAGACCGUGUCACAGGAGCCAAUAAGGGCAUCUCACCAGUUCCUAUCAACUUGAGGGUGUUUUCUCCACAUGUGUUGAACCUGACUCUGAUCGAUCUGCCGGGGAUCACCAAGGUGCCCGUAGGAGACCAGCCAGCAGACAUCGAGCAGCAGAUCCGCGAGAUGAUCAUGCAAUUCAUUAGCCGAGAGAGCUGCCUCGUCCUCGCUGUCACACCAGCCAACACCGACCUGGCCAACUCUGACGCUCUCAAACUGGCUAAAGAGGUGGAUCCUCAGGGUCAGAGGACCAUCGGCGUGAUCACUAAACUGGACCUGAUGGAUGAAGGCACUGAUGCUCGGGACGUUUUGGAGAACAAGCUGCUUCCUCUGCGGAGAGGUUAUAUUGGGGUAGUAAACCGCAGUCAGAAGGACAUUGAAGGAAAGAAGGACAUAAAAGCGGCUCUGGCUGCAGAGAGGAAGUUCUUCCUGUCUCAUCCUUCAUACAGACACCUGGCUGACAGCAUGGGUACACCUCACCUGCAGAAAGUCCUCAACCAGCAACUGACCAAUCACAUUCGAGACACACUGCCUGCUUUUCGGAGUAAACUUCAGUCUCAGCUUCUCUCUCUGGACAAAGAAGCAGAGGAAUAUCGUCACUUCAGACCUGACGAUCCGUCACGCAAGACUAAGGCCCUGCUGCAAAUGGUGCAGCAGUUUGCAGUAGACUUCGAGAAGCGGAUCGAGGGAUCAGGCGAUCAGGUGGAGACUGUUGAGCUGUCGGGAGGAGCUAAGAUCAACCGCAUCUUUCAUGAACGCUUCCCAUUUGAACUGGUCAAGAUGGAGUGUGAUGACAAGGAGAUGCGCCGGGAGAUCAGCUACGCUAUCAAAAACAUCCAUGGCAUCAGGACGGGCCUGUUCACUCCAGACAUGGCAUUUGAGGCGAUAGUAAAGAAACAGAUCGUGAAGCUGAAGGAACCCUGCAUUAAAUGUAUCGACCUGGUCAUUCAAGAGCUCAUCAACACAGUGCGUCAGUGUGCUAAUAAGUUGGGAACGUUCCCAUUGCUGAGGGAGGAGACAGAGCGGAUUGUCACUUCACACAUUCGCGAACGCGAGAGCCGGGCCAAAGAGCAGAUUCUGUUGCUCAUUGAGGUACAGCUUGCAUACAUCAACACCAACCAUGAGGAUUUCAUUGGAUUUGCCAAUGCACAACAGCGUAGCAGCCAAGCGAACAAGACAAGUUCAGCUGGAAACCAGGACAUCCAGGUCAUUCGCAAAGGAUGGUUGACCAUCAACAACAUCAGCAUCAUGAAAGGAGGAGCUAAGGAGUACUGGUUCGUGCUAACGGCAGAGAGCUUGUCCUGGUUCAAGGAUGAUGAGGAGAAAGAAAAGAAGUACAUGCUGCCUCUGGACAACCUGAAGGUCAGGGAUGUGGAAAAGGGCUUCAUGUCCAGCAAGCACAUGUUUGCCAUCUUCAAUACUGAGCAACGAAAUGUCUUCAAGGACAAUCGCUUCCUAGAGCUGGCUUGCAACACGCAGGAAGAAGUGGACAGCUGGAGAGCGUCCCUGCUCCGUGCUGGUGUUUACCCCGAGAAAACUUCGGUGGAUAGUGAGAGCUCUGGUACCACAGAGAACUUCUCCAUGGAUCCUCAGCUGGAGAGGAAGGUGGAGACUAUCCGGAACCUGGUGGACUCCUACAUGGCCAUCGUCAACAAGUGCAUCCGGGACCUCAUGCCCAAGACCAUCAUGCACCUUAUGAUCAAUAAUGUGAAAGAGUUCAUCAAUGCAGAGCUGCUGGCUCAGUUGUACUCGGCUGGGGACCAGAACACGCUGAUGGAUGAGUCUCAGGAGCAGGUGCAACGCAGGGAUGAGGUGUUGCGGACCCACCACGCGCUGAAGGAGGCACUAGCCAUCAUCGGAGACAUCUCCACCAGCACUAUCACCACUCCUCUGCCUCCUCCUGUGGACAACUCCUGGCUUCAGCCUGGUUCUGGAGGCUCCCGCAGGUCUCCUCCUCCAAGCCCCACUGCCCCACGCAGGAUGUCAGCAGGUCAGAGGCCAGCAGGCCGGGGGGCUCCUGCUCCUCCAUCACGCCCAGGGCCUCUUGGCCCCUUUAACAACAGUGGGGAUAGUCCACAGGUUCCCAACCGCCCAAACCGUGCUCCUCCCAGCAUUCCCAGCCGCCGACCCCCACCUUCCCCUACCAGGCAGGUCCCGUAAGCAGCCCAGCUGGAUUCCUUUCUCCUGGACCAAGCACUCACACACUCCUCAGAUCUUAUGUCUUACAACCCUCUGAUCCCUGAGCUUCAGCUCCUGCAUGUCCCAGUCUUUAUCUUCAUUGCUUCCAGAUCAUUCCUAGACUCUUGUGUGUGCACAUUAACCCCUGCAGUGCUAGAGUCCAUGUUUAAGCCAUGCUUGUUUCGUGCAGUGUCUCUGUGCUUGCGAUCUGGAUCGGCCAAGCAGGACUCAGAGCGAGUCCUACCCACAAUCCCUCUAAUGCACACAUGCUCUCUCACUUCGUCUGUGAAGUCCAUAGUGACCAUGCCACACUCACUGAUCUCAGAUCAGAGCAGGGAGGCUCCUCGUAGUGCAUGUUUUGUUUUCAAGAGUAUAUUUUUAUUCGUGUGUGUGUGUGUGUGUGUGUGUGUGUGAGAGUGCGUUUGCGCUCAGGCGUGUGCGGGUUGUGCUAUCUUGCUACGUGAAUAAUAUUUUUAGCGAGAGCGUGUGCGUAUGUUUGUGUACUGUAUGUGUGUGUUUGCAUCAGUCUCCCCUGAAACAAAAGCCAAUAUGUAAAAUAGUGUGUGUGUGUGUGUGUGUGUGUCCGAGUUGGAGUUAAGACCCGUCUGGUGAACACACAGAACAAAUGUUCUGAACUGACGAGUUGACUCGAAAUAUACAUUUAUUUGACUAAAUUAAAAGAAAUAAAACGGCCAGCAAGCUCUAGGUCUGAUGAUAACUAUCUCAUUGCUAAAAAGUUAAGACUGUUGAUUAAAAUGUUACUGAUCUACAAUUUCUGUAGUACUUCCUGUUAGCUCUAUUUAAGAAAAAGGCCAGAUAUUUAAAAAAAAUGGGUAGCUUGCUGUAAAUCUGAAUCUUGCAGUUGUUAAGGAUUGUACAUGGAUACAUGAGUGAUAAGUUAAAGGAAAAAAAAAAUGACGAGCGCAGAGGCUUUCAGCUGUUAAAUAUCAUGGUACACUUACCUUUCUGUCAUUCUCUAUGGUACAGUAUGUAUAAAAUGCCCAAGAUGAAGUGGAAUGUUAACUCCAAAGGGGAAAUGUCAAUGUGAAGGUGUUGAGAAGAAAAAUACCAACGUUUAUAUAAGUAUUGAAACCAAGAUCAAGACCAACAUUCUGUGAAACGUAGACAGAGAUCUAGAGCAGUACUGGCAAAGACUGCGGAUCCAGAUCAAUCUUCAGAGUCUGAGAUAUGGUGCGAAAAAUCCAAUUGCUUUGAAAGACAUCCAGGUAAUGAAACAUGUACAGUAUCUAAAAGAAUAAGCCUGAAUAAUAUGUGGACCAAAAUUUACAACCAGGCAAUCGUGACCAAAUUUCAGAGUUGAGUUGAACGUCCAGACCGAGAUUCUGAGUAAUGAGACCCAAAUUCUGAUGCCAAGAUCAGACCUAGAUUGUGUUUAUGUCCACCCAAGACCAUGAUAAUCUCAACUCCAGCUCCAAUGUGUGGUAUGUGUUAUGCACGUUGAUUCAUGGUGUGCAUGUUGUGUUUGAUGGUGCGUCGGUUUUGGCAGCGUGUUUGUUCAUGUUUUGUUCCCAUCAGUGAUCAACACUACUGUACCGCUGAUGUUGAAACGAAGCCCUUACCUCAUGUAGUCAUUAUUCUGUCCAUGUGCCUGUGUCAUAUAAGCAGCCCUGUUUACAAGCUGGCUGAAUGAUCAAAUCCUGAGACAUAUCUAACCAUCCAACUAAACAUCACACUGAACAUGACAACUACACUAUCCUGUCAGCUAUACAGUAACUGUGCAAUGUGGCGAUGUGUGUUACUUGAAGUUGAAAAAGUAAUAAUAGUGAUUUAUUUUUUUUAUUAGACGCUGGAUAGGUAAUCAAUUCCGACCAGACUGCCAUAAAGGUGUACAGGAAGUGAAUGUUAUUUAUGUUCUUCUCUGACGUUCUUUAACAAAAGAUAUCUGAAUGUUGUCGGUGAAAUUCUUAAGGAAUCCACCUGUUUUUCAGCAACCUGUCUGUUCAGAAAUCUGCGUUUAUUCCACAGUGUUGUCGCACCCCUAGACCUUAUAUUAUGUAAGACUUAAAAAAAAAAAAAAAAAAAAAAAAAAAAAAAAAAAAAAAAAAUUCAACAAAACGUAUACUAGAAAUUCAAUUAAAUUUGUACCCAUUUCAGUGAGCAGUUGAUGUGUUGUUUCUGUGGGUCUCUGUCCAUUUAGUGUACUGCCGAGUCAAGCGGGUGGUUUUUGUUUGUACUUGGGAUCUGUUUCGUUCUUAUCGUCUCUUACUGUAUCUCAGACUCCUGAUUCAUACUACUAUACUGGCAUGAAUAAAUUGUAUUGCCAAAGCUAGUCAUAGAAUCAAUCUAUAUAUAAUUAUGCAACAGAACGUUAGUGUUACAUAAACAUACACACAUGCAUACAUACAUUAUAUAUAUAAACAUACAGUACAUACAUACAUAUAUAAUAUUGUUCUCUGGAGGAAAUCAAGACAUGCCUCCAUUUUGUAAAUGUGGUUCUUUUGAGGGAUAUGUAAACUGUAUUAGUGAUUAUAUUCCUUAUGUAAUUCAAUAAAACGUGUUGAAAACCAUUAUUUGUGUUUUCUUGUGCAAGUUUCAAUACAAGGUGCAGAUGUAGAGACUUAUACAA